UUCAUUCAAACAAAAGUCGCUGGAGUUCCUCUUUUGACAUUCAUUUACGUUGCCAGGAAUUUGCGAUCGGGAGAUUUUCAGGUACCUCGUUUCAAUUUCCUCCUCUUUUUCUAUCUAUGAUUUAUCAUAAUAGAAGAAAAUCUCUGCAUUUUGGUGUAAAUUUUCCGGAGCAGCGAUUUUUGGGGUUUCAUAUAUGCCAUUUGAUUUUUCCACAGUUUUUGCAUUUUCUUUCUUCCGAAUUUUUUGGUUUUCUCGAGUUUUUUUUUUUCGUUUGAAUGUCUCAAGGUCAAGCCCCUAGCAGCUUUGGCUAUGAUUGAUGAGGGGGAGCUUGAUUGGAAAAUAGUUGCAAUAUCGUUGGAUGAUCUGAGAGCUUCGCUCGUGAACGAUGUUGCUGAUGUUGAGAAACAUUUUCUGGGAACUCUCACUGCAAUUCGGGACUGGUUUAGAGAUUACAAGAUUCCAGAUGGAAAGCCUGCUAAUAAAUUUGGUCUUGGCAAUAAGGCGGCCAACAAGAAUGUGAAAGUUCAUAUACAGUUGUUGUAUGUGAUGAUUUUGCGAAUGCAACUCUGCCCUCCAAUCAUGUGCAAGGUAUGUGCUACCCUCCAAACAUGUGGAUGGUCUUGACUGACAUACAUGAAUGCUAAAUGCACCAUUUAAGAAACAGUGGAUAGCAUAUGUACAACUAUGCUAUUUUGAAGGAU